AAAAAGAUAACUUAUGGAUCAGGCCAAUAAGUUACAAUACCAAUAAUCGGUUGAGAAGUACCUUGAAAGAAAUAAAGUUUACCACAUCUUCGAAGAUCUACUUAAAGCUCUGAUCAUUAAAAAACCUGAAGAUCCCAUCCAAUUUCUCAUCAAUAAAUUACAAGAACCAGAAAGUAUAUAUGAUACCUGAAAUCAAGCCAAAAAAAUCUUUGUGGUUGGUCCUCCUGGAUCAAAAUUGAGAGAAUUAUCACUAACAUUGGCAGAUUAUUUGAAUUUUCAUAUUGUUUCAAUCGGAGAUCUGAUUGAAAAGGAGCUAAGCAAAAAGUCUGAAUUGGUAUGCAUCUCCUCCUAUUUCUCAAUUAGAGUCAAUAAAUCUAAGAAUCUUUGGACAAAUUCCAAUAUGUGAGUGAUGACAUUGUGAUCAACAUAGCACUUAACCAAAUCAACCAUUUGGAAAACGAAAAGAAAAGUUACAUUUUCGAAGGGUUCCCCAAAACCAGAGUCCAAGGUUUAGCACUUCAAAAAGAAGGUAUAAUACCUGAUGCAUUUCUUAUUUUGGAAAUGUCACAAGAAAAGAUUUAUUAAUGUUGUCUUAAGAAGUUAGACACAGAACCCUUCAAUAAACUAAACAAUAAAGAUGAUUUGGUAAAAUCACAUUCUUUGGAAUACUAAUUGAAUUUGAAAUAAGUCAAAGAAAUUUACAAAAACUAGUAUUUUUCAGUUGAUGGAGAAAAAAACUAUGAAUUAGAGGAUAUGGCAGUAUGUUUUAUUAAAAAUACCUUAUCUAGUAAUUAUUGAAGUACAAACUCUAUGAUAAUGCCCCAAAGAGAGCUCUUAGAAUAGUUGUUAUCGGACCUCCUGGAUCUGGGAGAUCUACAUUGGCUAAGAAAUUGUCAAGCAAAUAUGGAUUUGUGUAUAUUUCAACAAGGGAAUUGAUUUCAAAUUUGGUAAAUUAGAAAGGAACAACAGGAAAAGAGGCAUUUGAGAAAGUAAAUAAAGGAGAUCUCGUAGAAGACAGAAUUGUCAAUGCUCUAAUAAAAGAGAGAAUCAAUUAGACCGAUUGUUAAUUGCAAGGUUACGUUCUAGAUGGUUAUCCUAAAACUGAGAAACAACUGGAAUCUUUGAAUGAAAUGAAUAUUCAACCAACUCUGAUGGUUAUAAUUGAUGUGGCUGACGACAUCAUUACAAGAAGACUUGUUCAAAGAAGAACUGAUCCAUUGACUGGAAGAAUUUACAAUUCAAUUGAUGAGGCUGACAAGGAAGUGAGACCCAGAUUGAUCAUAGCACCCAAUGAAAAAAGAGAAGUUGUUUAAUAGAGGUAUGAUUUAAUUUUAUCAAAUUUAGAUUGAAGAGAUGGGAUGAUUUAAAAUAACUGAUAGAUGGAACUCCAAAAUAUGCUUCAAUCAUUUAUAAAGUCUAGGGAGAGAAUCCUUUAGAUAAUAUGAUAGAAUCAGUAUGUUAUCACCUGGAGAAAAUGAAUUGA